AACCCAGAGCCAAACCAAAAUAAUCCAGUACCGCCCGAACGCCAUGUCUUACGUCAGCAUGAAACGCACAAACCCUUACAGCGACGAGAACGAUUAUCACAGUGUGCCUUCCAAUCCCCGUAAAAGUCAUAGAAGGCAGAAUACCUUUUUCUCGAAAGAACAAACUGUCAUUCUAGAGGGGGCGUUUCAGUACGAGCGAUUUCCUGGCAUCCAGAUCCGGGAGAAACUUGUUCGGGAACUUGACAUCGACGAGUCGAGAAUCCAGGUUUGGUUUCAAAAUCGUCGUUCUCGUCAAAACAGACAAAAAAGGAAGACAGAAGUUCGAUCAGUACAAUCAUCUGUCGCAUCUUCAGCAUCGAUCCGUCCCAUCCACAAAUCAUCCGAGUCGAGUCAUGUCCAUCCAGCUCCUCUGCUUACUUACAGCAACACUAAGCCGCUAUCACACGUGGACUGUACUGCGCCUGCGCCAGUCUUCCCGUCAUACCUCACAAGCUCAAGACUCGCCACAGGCAUCCCGAGUCCGUGGAUGUGCGCACCUUCCAGUCAAACUCACACGGCUGACGAGUUAGCCGCCGCCAUAGGACUGAUGGGCGUAUUUGGAUCAAUACCUUACAGAUUCGACUAACAUCUUUAACAUAUAUUUAUAGCCUUGUGCCUAAGUUAUUACGAAUAUCUGUUGUACAUUUUAGAUUGAAGAUAUUAAAUAAACUACAUUUUGUAAACGAAAAAAAAUAUCCCUUAUGUUUAUGUCUUUGCAAUG